AAUCCAUGAAAGGGAAACAAACAACGUGGGUAUAUAACGAUGUUUUAGAUGAACAGUCCAUCAGUAAGGCUCUGGAGUCUACAGCGUUGGUGUUGAUAUUCUAGAGUUCAUUCAACUCUUGGAAGAUGUUUAUGACGCAGUGGAAAACAGCCUUAGUAGCGACAUUGGUAUUAAUUUUGAAUUUCGAGGUUUCUGCUUUCCCAAAAUCUCAGAUUCUAUGGUUUGACGUCGGACCACAAAUUCGUAACUGCCGAGAUGUACAAAGGCAAGGCAACACCACUAGUGGAAUCUAUAUGAUUUUCCCCUACAAAUGUUGUCCUGAUGUCCCUCUUCAGGUCUUCUGUGACAUGGAGACAGAUGGUGGUGGAUGGACUGUCAUUCAACGUCGGGAUGACAUUGAACCCAGAGAGGACUUCUAUCGCACCUGGAUGGAAUAUGCCCUUGGCUUUGGUAACCUGAUGGGAGAAUUCUGGUUAGGAAAUGACAACAUCCACGCCAUAACGGAUCAGACACUGAAUGAAAUAAGAUUUGAUUUAACUGACUUUGAGAACAAUGAAAGAUGGGCCAAGUACAAGUUCUUCUAUGUCCACGACCGAAGUUCGUCUUACAAACUGGAGGUUGAGGAAUAUAGUGGAGAUGCUGGUGAUUCCUUUACAUUCCACAGGGGGAUGACGUUUUCGGCCAAAGACAUCGAUAACGAUAUACGGCCUCAACAUAGCUGUUCAGUUACGUACAAAGGGGCCUGGUGGUACAAGGCAUGCCAUUCUUCAAACCUUAAUGGGCAGUAUCUCUCUGGAAACCACACAUCUUACGCCGAUGGGGUAAACUGGUCCGCAUGGCUUGGUCAACAUUACUCCCUUAAAAGGACAGCGAUGAAAAUUAGACCUGUUUAUUAAAUCUUCAUAUUUUGUCUUGACAUAUCCAUCUCAAUGGACACGUGGCAUGAACUACUACCUUUAAUAUUCAUUUCGCUUAGCUUUUCUAACACGUAAGUAUUAAAGAAGAGUAAUUUGGUAUAUUAAGACUAUUAGACAUUAAUUCAUAAAAAGUAUUCAUUUCACUUGCUAACAGUAGUGGAUAAAUAGUUUUGCAAACAGUUACAAUUACAAAAUAACAGCGGACAUUUUGUUUGAAUACUGAAGAAAACAAACAAUGUUAUCCAUCAUUUUCGAAAACCUGGAAUAUGUUUCGAUGUUAAAGUCAACUUUAUUUCAAGCGGCACAGACGAAGCGUAUUAAUGUUGAUAAUAGUAAUGUUUAUUGUGAAAAUAAUAUGAUAACCUAGAAACAUUAUUAUAAUAACGAGAAGAAGAAUUAU